CCGUUUAAGAGUGUUUUCUUAUUAUUUUUUUUUGUAAAUUAAACAAAGUUCUAUUAAUCGGAGACUCUCACUGCCACCAAACAAACACCAUCAAGAUGAGUCCGCCGCAACUCUUGAGCAAAGACUCCCCGGAUAUUGAGGAUCUGCUGUCGCUGAAUCCACGCGUCAAGACCCAGUGCUCUGUGGUGCCCACCAAGCAGACGAAGGAGAACAAAAAGCACUGGAAGCGAAAUGCUGACCAUGCUGCACCGCCCUGCACCACGCUGGCGAAUGACUUCUCGGACAUUAAGCACACGACGCUGUCGGAACGUGGAGCUCUGGAAGAGGCGGCUAGGUGCCUGAAGUGCGCAGAUGCGCCAUGCCAGAAGUCCUGCCCCACGCAGCUGGACAUUAAAAGCUUCAUCACGAGCAUUGCGAACAAGAACUUUUAUGGGGCCGCCAAGGCAAUCUUCUCGGACAAUCCUUUGGGACUCACCUGUGGCAUGGUCUGCCCCACAAGUGACCUCUGUGUUGGAGGCUGCAAUCUCCAGGCCUCGGAGGCGGGUGCCAUUAACAUUGGUGGCCUGCAGCAGUUCGCCACCGAAGUGUUUAAGCAGAUGGGGGUGAGCCAGCGUAGAACGCCGCAUGCGGAGGCCAACCCGUUGGCCGGAAAGAUUGCUCUGCUGGGAGGAGGCCCAGCCUCCCUGUCCUGCGCCACCUUCCUGGGGCGUCUGGGCUAUCGGGAUGUGACCAUCUAUGAGCGCAGGAGCUACCUGGGCGGACUGAGUGCUGCUGAGAUUCCGCAAUACCGUCUUCCCAUAGAUGCGGUCAACUUUGAGAUCGAUCUGGUCAAGAAUCUGGGUGUACGCAUCGAAACCGGUCGCUCCCUGAGCACCAAGGAUCUGACUAUUCAGGGUCUGCUCUCCUCUGGUCACGAUGCCGUCUUCGUUGGCAUUGGUCUGCCGGAACCCAAGCUCAACCCGAUCUUCGCUGGCCUAGAUCCCAGCAAUGGCUUCUACACAUCCAAGAACUUCCUGCCACUGGUGUCUGAUGGCUCCAAACCGGGACUUUGCGCCUGCAAGGCAUCCGCCGGAUUGCCCAAGCUUCACGGCAACGUCAUUGUCCUGGGAGCCGGAGACACAGCCUUCGAUUGUGCCACCUCGGCGCUGAGAUGCGGUGCCCGGCGAGUGUUUGUGGUGUUCCGUAAAGGAUCUUCGGGCAUCCGGGCGGUGCCUGAGGAAGUGGAGCUGGCUCGCGACGAACGGUGCGAGCUGCUGCCUUACUUAAGUCCCCGGAAGGUGAUUGUCAAGGAUGGGCUGAUCACCGCCAUGGAGUUCUGCCGCACGGAGCAAAACGACAAGGACGAAUGGGUGGAGGAUGAGGAGCAGACGCAGCGUCUGAAGGCCAACUUUGUCAUCUCUGCAUUUGGCUCGGGCCUAGAGGAUGCGGAUGUUAAGGCAGCCCUGGCUCCACUGCAGUUCCGCGGAGAGCUACCCAUUGUCGACAGGGUCACCAUGCAGAGCAGUCUGAGCCAGGUGUUCCUUGGCGGAGAUCUGGCCGGUGUGGCUAAUACCACGGUGGAGUCGGUUAACGAUGGCAAAGUGGCCGCCUGGAGCAUCCACUGUCAGCUUCAGGGACUUCCCCUGGACACGCCAGCUGCCCUGCCACUGUUCUACACGGACAUCGAUGCCGUUGACAUAUCCGUUGAGAUGUGCGGCCUGAAGUUCGAGAAUCCAUUCGGUCUGGCCUCGGCCCCGCCCACCACCAGCACGGCCAUGAUCCGACGCGCCUUCGAGCAGGGUUGGGGUUAUGUGGUCACCAAGACGUUCGGCCUCGACAAGGAUCUCGUCACCAAUGUGUCACCUCGCAUCGUUAGGGGCACCACUUCCGGCUACAAGUACGGACCCCAGCAGGGUUGCUUCCUGAACAUCGAGCUCAUCUCGGAAAAGCGCGCCGAGUACUGGUUGAAGUCGAUUGGAGAACUGAAGCGCGACUUCCCAGAGAAGAUCGUAAUUGCCAGCAUCAUGUGCAGCUUCAACGAGGACGAUUGGACAGAGCUGGCCAUCAAGGCGGAGCAGUCGGGUGCUGAUGCUCUGGAGCUCAAUCUGUCCUGCCCGCACGGCAUGGGCGAGCGGGGAAUGGGUUUGGCCUGUGGCCAGGAUCCCGAACUGGUGGAGCAGAUCUCCCGAUGGGUGAGGAAGGCCGUCAAGCUGCCCUUCUUCAUCAAGCUGACGCCCAACAUCACGGAUAUCGCUUCCAUUGCGGCUGCGGCAAAGCGCGGAGGAGCUGACGGCGGAUCGGCCAUUAACACGGUCCAGGGGCUGAUGGGUCUCAAGGCGGAUGCUACUGCCUGGCCGGCGAUUGGUAAGGAGCAAAGGACCACCUAUGGUGGUGUCUCUGGCAACGCCACCCGUCCCAUGGCCCUGAAGGCCAUCUCGGACAUUGCUAGACGCGUGCCAGAUUUCCCCAUUCUCGGCAUCGGCGGCAUCGAUUCCGGUGAGGUGGCUCUGCAGUUCAUUCAGGCAGGUGCCACGGUGCUCCAGAUCUGUUCGUCUGUCCAGAAUCAGGACUUCACUGUCAUCGAGGAUUAUUGCACGGCAUUGAAGGCUCUGCUCUAUUUGAAGGCCAAUCCGCCGCCGGUGAACGGCGCCUUCUGGGAUGGCCAGUCGCCACCCACACCGGUUCAUCAAAAGGGCAAGCCAGUAGUCCGUCUAACCGGCGAGGGUAACGUCACUCUUGGCUUCUUCGGACCCUAUCAGCGGGAGCGGGACAUCAAGAUGGCGGAUCUGCGCAGCAAGCAGGGCGCUCUCUGGGAUGCCGAACAGGCGGCACAAGGUCCCACGGCAGUCGGAAAUGGAACUACACCAAAGGCAGUGCCUAGGAUUAAGGACUUAAUUGGCGCCGCUCUGGAGAGGAUUGGGCCGUACAACAAGCUGGACAACAAGCAGCAGAAGGUGGCUCUGAUUGACGAUGACAUGUGCAUCAACUGUGGCAAGUGCUAUAUGACUUGCGCCGAUUCCGGAUACCAGGCCAUUGAGUUCGACAAGGACACGCACAUUCCGCACGUGAACGACGAUUGCACGGGCUGCACGCUCUGCGUCUCCGUGUGUCCAAUUAUCGACUGCAUCACCAUGGUACCGAAAAAGAUCCCACACGUGAUCAAGAGGGGGCUGGAGGAGAAGACCUACUACACCCACGCCCUCAGCCAAUGCCAGUAGAUGUUCCUAGUUUAUAUACUUAUGUAAUUGAUAUUAAAUCCAAUCUGUAUAAUCAAAGCAUAUACAAUAAAUAUUACAAAAAGCA